AUGGGCACCCGAACUGCCUUCUUCUACGGCACCCUGAUGGCCCAAGAAGUUCUCUACAAUGUCAUCUUCGGCCCCACAGGCAGCAGGUACAACAUCCAAAACGUCAAACCGACCCCGGCCAUCCUGCACAACCACAAGCGUUCUCGCGUUAAGUACUGCGAUUACCCCGGCGUCAUCCCCCAGGAAGGCCACUCCGUCCGCGGCACCUACGUUACUGGCCUAACAGAUGGCGACAUAUACCGUCUCGAUAUGUUCGAGGGUCCACAGUACAGUCUCCGAACCGUGCGUGUGCGUCUGCUGAAGACCGAAGGCGAUGAAGUCACCGGAGAAGGCAAUGUCGAGGGCGAUGAGGUGGAGACUCAGACCUACAUCUGGAUCGACAGCCUUGCAAAACUCGAAGAUAAGGAAUGGGACUACGCUGCUUUCAGAAAGGAGAAGUUGGCCCUAUGGUCUGGCGGCGAGCCUGAGCAACAAGGCUGGGACGAUGGAGAGAAGCCCGAGGAGAGCGUCGACGCUACUGGCGGUAGAUUCGGCAAUGGUCAGAUUGCUCAAGAUCUCAGCAAGGAACACGAGAAGUUGAAGCAGCAGGAGGGCAACGCAGGCGAGCCUUUGAAGAGCGCUGUCUGA